AUGGAGCAGGUAGACGAGGCUGGCAGCAGAACUGGACAGCAAUGCAUGAGUAUUAUCUCACUAUCUGAGGUUGGACAUGUGGACAUUCUGUCUUCCUUCUGCCAAGGCAAAGGGUUGUCCUACAGUCCACGUAGUUGUCCACCAAAGAGAGCUGCAGGAAACACCACACGGAUGAGGAUCUCUACGGCAUGGCAGCAGCAGAUCAUCGAUAACAACACAGACUACAGCAGCCGCAUCAAUGUGACUUCAGACCACAAAGGGAACAUCCUCAUCAUUAAGAACGUCCAGCUCUCUGAUGAGAGGGAAUUCUUCUGCCAGGUUAACGGACUGGCAGCUGGGAAUGCUGAGAGGAAAACCCACCUCAGAGUGUUUGCUCCUCCAGCGGCUCCAGUCAUCGAGGGCGUCCUUACUGGAAUAUCAGUGACCAACUCAGUUCCAUCCAAGGUGGCGUCAUGCGAGGCUCAAAAUGGCUUCCCAAAACCCAACAUCACCUGGUACAGGAACGGUCUGCAGCUGACGCCUUCGUCAGGAUAUGUUAACGUUCUGACUCUGGUGACCCGGGAGUCUAGUGGGUUCUACUCGGUUCAGAGCACCCUGGAGUACAACGUCGUUAAGAAGGACAAGGACUCACAUUUCUCCUGUGAGGUCUCUUUUUCUGUCCCAGGAGCCAUCAGGACGAUGGAGUCCCACAGCAUCAACAUCACUGUUCACUACCCCAGCACCAUGGUGGAGCUGUGGAAGGAGUUGCCCCAGGGCCUGGUCAAAGAGGGGGAUACUGUGCAGCUACGUUGCCACGGAGACGGCAACCCCCCAUCGCCGUUCAUUUUCACCAGAGAACAAGAGCCGGAUGAGGACUUGGAGAGCAGCGGGAAUUUGUUGAUCCUGUCGCCGGUGUCAAGAAAAGACAGCGGCCUCUACCAGUGCCAGCCGCUGGAUGCUGUUGGCAACAAGGACGUGAAAGGAGAAGUGCAGCUCACUGUGCAUUAUUUGGAUCCAGCAGUUGUGGUGCCCAAAGACUCUGAGUUCAUGCUCAAAGGGGAGGGACUGAUCGCGACCUGUAAUGCUCUGUCCUCCCUGAAAACAAAAACCAUCUGGUACAAGGAUGGGAGGAAGGUGGGUGAGGGUAACUCUCUGCACCUGACCGACGCCACCUAUGAAACGAGUGGAAAGUACAUGUGUGAGGUGACUGCCCCCGCCCUGCCCACCCUGCGCACCAGCGGCUCCAUUCACAUCAUCGUCCAAGGUGGUCCCCAGAUGGUGGGCGAGGAGGAGGCGGUGCAGCUGGAGGAGGUGACCGGCAGGACAGUGAAUCUGAGCUGUGAGGUUAAAGGACAUCCGCCUCCCAGCAUCACCUGGAGCAUCAUCGGCAGCCAGAGCUGGCAAGAAGUGGUGAGCAAAGCAAAUGAUCACGUGAUCCACAGCACGGUGUCAGUCCUAGUCACCUCGGACGUCAGCGCCCUGUGCAACGCCUCCAACGACAUGGGCACUGAUGUGAAGGCUUUCAGCAUCAAAGCCAUUCCCAGAGUCACCACGACUGCUUCCUUCUCUCCUGUAGAGGGCGGUGGGGUGAUCAUAGUGGUGAUCAUUCUGUGUCUGCUCCUGCUCGCUGUGCUCGGCAGCGUUUUCUACUUUCUACACAAGAAGGGAAAGAUUCCCUGCGGACGCUCAGGCAAACAGGAAAUCACCAAAGAGAAGGCCACCAAAGAUGACAUUGUUGUGGAGAUGAAGACUAACACAAAGAACAAGGAAGCUGUCCUCCUGAAGGGCGUCAAUGGAGAGCAGAAAGGUCCUAAUGACCAGGUAACUGUUGUGUAAAACCACAGUGAUCCAGCGGCGUCGCGGCGGACAUCAGGUCGCCUGAAGCGGCGGCCGGAGUUUGAGCUGAGGAGGCUCCAGACCUCACACUGAUCUGAGACCUGCAGACUUACAGCUCCUCACAGCCUGCACAUUCCUCCCUCCCAUCAUGCUUCGUUUUCAGCAGUAUUACACACACACACACACACACACACACACACACACACACACACACACACACACACACACACACACACACACACACACACACAGGUAUGUUUGUACAGAUGUUUGUUUUUUAUUUGGUUUCCAGCUGUGUUCAUUUCUUGGUUGUUUGGUUGCUGUCUGACGAUGUUUUAUGUGCAUCAUCGUCAUUUUUUCUAUCAAAGUGUAAAUAUUUUAUAUAUUUUGUUAUUUAAGAUAUUUUGGCACUCACGUGUUCGUUUCACAGCAGCGCCUGGCUCGUGUUCAUAAAUCCCAACGAGAUUUCACACAGGAAGUGACCUGAGGUCAAACGCUCGUUCCAAGAGGAGUGUACUUGAAUUCGCUGCCGUUAUUUCUGACGUUAGAGUUGCAAAACUACAGUUUAUUUCCAUCAAAAUCAACAUUUUGAGUGUUUGAUCAUCAGGAGAUGUGGAAGCUGAGCUGCAGGAUAAUCAGUAGUUUUAUGGAUGGAGAGAGACACACUGGCGACCUUCUUUUCCAACUGCUGUCUCGUUCUUGUUUGUAAAUACGUGUAGUUUAGAGACCUCCGCCGGAGGGCUGAAAGGGUCGGAUUUAGAGAUCUGCUGUGCCUGGUUUUUGACAUCAUACACUGAAGUUUGUCUUGAAUCUGUUUGGUUUUUGUGUUUCCACUGAGAAGUCGCUGCCUGGAGAGGCGUCCCAGUGUUUUUGCAUGUUUCACUCAGUUGGUUUUGGACAGAAAAUGAUCAAAAAUGACCAAUGAGAAGGUAGAUUAAUAAAAGCAGGCAAGUUUCAGAUUCAUUUAAUAUGGAUAAAAGAAAUAAACUUACAUUUUCUUUACUAUUUAGACCAAAAAGAGGAUUUAAAAAAAAAACAGUUUUCCCUCAUAAUCUAUAAGAAUAAAUAAAUCUGUAGAAAUUUUCACCAGACUUGAUAAAAAAAAACAGAUGUAAAAAUAUCUUUGUUUGCGUUUAAAUUUUUUAUGCCUGCCUAAUAAAACAAACAUGGCCGUGUUUUAGAACAUGUGUGCAGAAAACCAGGAAGUACCUUCAGUGACCUUCUGGGUUUUCCAAAGCUUCACGUUUCAGAAAAGCGAUUGUUCAGCUUUGUGAGUCCAAACUAAUUAUAGAGGAUGAACCACAAACUGGGUUUAUUCUGAAACAAGAAAAACCUGCAAAAACACUGCCGGCUGCUUCUAGAGGCCAGCGCUGUGAAUAUUCUCCACUGUGUAUUUCUGUUGUUGAGGUUUUUUGGUUCCUGAGAGUUCUACACUGCCCUGAUGACUUGCAACGUUAGAGUAGCGACACCAGUUUAUUAUCCCCCCCCCCCAGUUAUCCACUGAAACGUGCCGCCGUGUGCAGAGUGAUGCUUUCUACAUGAAGCCAUAGCACAGACUUCUGAUCAGAUCCAUGAAUCUGCACCUCAUUCGGUUUCAUUUAGAUUUCUUAUGUUAGUGACGAGAAACGGAGUCUGAAACAGAGUUUUAUGGGGGGUGUUUCAAACGUGUGUAAAUUAAGUCAUGUACAUGUGAUUCUUUGAUGCUUGUGCUUUUUUAUUUUGCAAGAAAAUAAUGCCAAAUAAAAGUUUUGUUGAAACAAA